AUGACAAGUCAUUCGUUAGCUACUAUUACAAACUAUUUAAGUUUAUUUAGAGAGCUAGUUGCUAGUACAUUAAAAAAUGAUAAUAAUAUAAUUGGUGAAUCUAAUAUAAUUGUUGAAAUUGAUGAGACUAAAUUAG